UCAACUUCAUCAAAAAUCUAGAAAUUCUUGUUCGUUGAAAAUGAUAAUUAUUAUUUAUUAAUUUAUAAUACUAAAAUGAUUUGUACACGAAGUACAAGAAGAUAAAUAGAAAAUGAAUGAAAACUUGUUUGCAAAUUCCCAAAGUUCAUCGACGAUGGCAGGUUUGUCGCCUCUCAACGUUGAAUUGGAAUGGGCUGAUCAUACAAAUAGCUCCUGGUCAUCUAAAGACUGUGAUAGUUUAGCUAAUCGCGAUACAACUAAAGCAAUGUACGAUAAUCUGUUGUAUAACAAAGAAAUUCGAGUGGUGCCUCCAACAGUUCUGACGUACAAUGAUGUUCAACUGCUACCUGAUUAUCAACUAGAGUCCCUUUCGAUUAUUGAAACGGAAAAUUAUAUAACAUCGCUUUUAUCGGCCCAACUAGAAUUAGCGAGACAUGUUUGUUCCUCUACACCGUUUGCGGUAAUUUUGAAGCAAAGACUGAUUGUGCUGAAGCGAAUUUAUCAGGCAUUAGUUCUUAAGUAUCACGAGAAAGCCAAAGUGAAACCGUCUGUACCGGAGGUCGCAAGUAGUUCCUUAUCUGGUCCAUCAGAAACUCUUUUUGGUUCUCAAGCUCUUUUGGAGAUUGGUGUACAAACCGGAUUAAGUUUCCUCUUUGCUUUAUUAAAGCAGAACUGGUACUGCAGCAAUGCCUUAGGUGUUCCAUCUUUGUGCAAUUCCGUAUUAAAAACGGCCAUGGAAAUGGUUUGUAAAUUGCCUCCUCUUUCACUUUCAAACGAUUCACAUCUAACUGCGCUGGGUGUUAACAGUUUGCAUCAAGUGUGUACGUUUUUAAAAGAAGUAGUUCUGUCACCGGUAGUCGAAAAUGCGGACGGUCAAUUGUUAGCAGCCGAACUCGUACUUGGCAUAGCUCUACAAAGGGGAUCCCUUCGAUACUUUCUGGAGUGGAUCGAUAUGGCCUUAGAUGGUUCAUCUAAGGAGGGUAGUACCUGCAAAAUUAGUCGUGAAAUGUUCGAAACUGUUACUUCCCAAAUGGAAAGUGCUCAAAUCAAUUUGGACAGCGAAGAUAAUGAAGUAGACCUUUACCAAGCCGCGUAUUAUUUGAUGGAUGCAAUAGUUGCGAUGGCCACGAAUUGUCACAGUAAUUAUUCCAUGGAUUUAAAUAAUGGUAGAACGGGAAUGGUAAAAAGUACGGAGGUUUAUGUUUGGGGCAGUAAUUCGUCACAUCAAUUAGCAGAGGGAACUCAAGAGAAGAUUGUUGUGCCUGUUAAAUCCAAGGCAUUCACCCAAGUUCAACAGGUUGAAGCUGGUCAAUUCUGCACAUUUAUAAUCCAUCAUGACGGAAGCGUAAGCGCAUGCGGGAAAGGUAGUUAUGGAAGAUUAGGACUGGGAGAUUCGGCUAAUCAAACAGUUCCGAAGCGCGUACUUAUUGACAGUGUAGUGAAAAAAAUGUCCAGUUCUAAAGGUAGCGAUGGGCAUACGUUAGCCCUUAACGACGAUGGAAUGGUAUAUAGUUGGGGAGACGGAGACUAUGGCAAACUUGGACAUGGCAGUAGCUCGACAUAUAAACAACCAAAAAUCAUUGGCGGCCCCUUUUUGUCAAAGACACUCAAAUCUAUUCAUGCAGGUUAUAGGCACAGUGCAGCUGUGACAGUCGACGGUGAGCUCUACACGUGGGGCGAGGGAGAUCAUGGUAGACUAGGCCAUGGUGACAAUAACAGUUGCCAUAAACCAACACAAGUGAGGGACCUAAGUAAUGUUGGCUCAGUAGCCUGUGGGAGUGUUCAUACUCUGGUACUUUCUGAAGAUGGAAAAACAGUAUGGUCCUUUGGAUCAGGUGACAGUGGUAGAUUAGGACACGGAGAGAUCGCGAGACUGUACAGACCAAAAGUUAUCGAAGCGCUACAAGGUUUUACAAUUACAAAAAUAUGUGCCGGUGCUCUCUUCUCAAUGGCACUUACAAGUUCGGGACAGGUUUACACGUGGGGAAGCGGUCCAUGUUUGGGAAUAGGAUCAACAGAUACAAUUUCGCUUUUGCCUACAUUAGUUCAAGAUCUGACACCUUAUAGAAUUGUGGACAUUGUUGCCGGAGACGCGCAUUGUCUGGCGCUCACAGAUAAUUGUGAAGUUUUCGCUUGGGGAUCCAAUGCCAUGGGACAAUGUGGUCAAGGCCACACCAACAGCCCCAUAUCGGUACCUUUAGAAGUUCUUGGGCUUGCAAACGUGAACGUUCGACAAAUCAGCGCAGGAACUUCGCAUUCAAUCGUUUGGACAUCAGUUCCUAUUGAAAGUCGACAGAUUGCGCGUCAUCGGCCCUUUUGUCUAGAUAUACACGAACGUACUUUCGAGUUACUUAAAAUAUUUUUAGAAAAAUAUACAAAGAAUUUUUACGAAAAGGAUCCACCUGCGCCUUUUAAAAGUUCUGCCGAACACCAUCAUUUUGUCCUUUUAUGUUUGAAAUUGCUCUUCACUCAUUUGACUUUGUGCGUUAAUGGUGGGUUGAAUACUACAAUAUUAGGACAGCAGGCUAAAGGAUUACGAUCGCUUUUAUUCAAUUUAAUGGACGUGAAUACGCCUACAGAUAUACAGUCUCUAGUCAAAGAAGUGUUAAAUGUAGGUGCUUCGUUGCUAUUACCUACAUUGCGAGAACGAAUGGAAUUAUUACACGAACAGUUGCUUCAUGGUAAACACUUAUCCACCGGUCAACAUAUGCUGUUGGGGAUUAUUCUAAACAGUUUAGAGGAACCUGAGCAUAUUGCUGCACUGCUCGGUUAUAACGAUGUACCUGAAAACUUAGACUCGAAAGAUUUUCGUAUUUUGGAAAUGUUAAUGACAACACUCUUACAAUCGUUCAAUAGUCAUACGGAAGAAAAUCUAAGCAGCAUAGUAUCACAUAUUGAUAGCGGAGCUGAAGGCAAUUGGCAGAAUAUCAGUAAUCCAAGAAUUGAUCACUUGCGAAAGCUAUUGUCCGCCUUACAAAAUCACAUACUCGCUGAUUGCGUGGGAGUUCGGUCUAACAAUGUAAAUAACAGCAUGGGUUUAUUAAGCAAUCACCUUGAAUGUCUUCUGCCGCUCGCUUCGGAGAUAUUCCGCAAAGCCGGGCACAUGUUGGAGCAGUGUCCUGCAAGUCUAGAUCUCUUGUUUAACGUGUUACUCGAUUCCUUGGCCGGCUCGAUGUUACUUAAAAUUUUGACCUCAUCUCUGCUUUUGCCCGGGGCAUUCCUGAAACUAUUACUGCCACAUUUGUUAAAUGUAUUGCCAAGCUUGGAUCGACUGAAUAAGUUGUUGCCCAUGGAAGUGUUAUCAGAAAAUUUAUCAGGAACGGAAACUCCAACCCUAACACAACUAACAGAUCAGUCAUGGGUAUGGCUAAUAGACUUGGAGAGAACAUGCUCCCUUCUAAUUGGACAGUCAUUGGGUACAAUGCUAAUAGGCGAACCGGCCACUCGAGAAGAGAUACAGAGUAGUAAUUGGCUAAAAACUUCAUUAUUUACAUCAGGAAUUCAAGUUAAUUGUAAAGACAUAGAGCUUGUCGGUCAAAUAUCUAGCAUGGCGCUGUUAUGCUCCCACGAAGAAAUGCUUACUACAAUUUCUCGUUUUGACGAAGAAACUGAAGCAUUAUGUAAAUUGGCAUUUAAACUACCCAUACAAUAUGAUGAGGCAUGUGCAAUACAGGAGGACUACAUUGCUGACGAUCCUGGAUUUUACGAAGCAAUGCUGGAGUCUGUUAAAAGUGAUUCAUGGUCCCCUCCUCCUUUUGAUAGUCAAUUAUUAGAAAUAGUAUCUCGUUGCUUUCUGAUAACCGCUUUAAAACACGUCGGAUUAAUCCAUAAAUCCUAUCAGCAUCCGCAAGUACAAGAAGUUUAUCAAUUUGUGUUAGAAUUUCAACAUAAAAUAAGUGAUGUUCAUUAUUUAGCGAAAUUUAGCGAAGAAAAAAAGUGUGAGGAUACGGAGGAUGUAAAGGAUUCCACUUUGGAAGAUGUCGAUUUGGACGUCGAAAUUGACACUGCCACACAAAAUACAAACAACUUUGAACUACAGAAAUGUUGCGAGUUUGUGUUGGAAAGAUGCCUGUACUUAUUAAUAUUUGUAAAAAAUGUGGAUGUAAAUUUAUCUGACCUGGAUAUUGAUGAAGCCCAGCCUGAGAAGCAUUAUGUAGAUUUUUACGAGUCUAGCCGUAAGACUUUCAAACCCAGUGUCUUAAAAGAGAUUAUGCAUACAUUAAUUGGAUAUGUUUGCGGUGAACCCAUUGAGAAAGAGAUGUUGCUAAAUACCACAAGUACAACAGGUUGGGUUAGUGACCCGCAAGUAAUCCACAAGGCCAUGUCGAGCCAGUUGCAACGAGCAAAGAGUAGACUGAAUAGUUUAACGCACAUACACAACUUACUCACCAAAUCAAGAAAUGAACCGUCAAAUUCAGUUUUAAGUUGUGUGCAUCAACAACUUUUAACUGGCUGCUUUUCGUUGAGCAACUUGCAAGCUGAGGAAGGAUGUACGCAACUACACCAUUAUCUUGAAGGAGUUCAGGUGGCUCCUCAAGAAGUACAAGAGCAAAUAAAAGAAAUUGUGUACAAUAUUUACAAAUUGCUCAUCAAUUUGUUACGGGAAGGUGUCGAAAACGAGCACGGAAAACACUUACAGCUUCUCACCAUAUUCGCUUUGAGCAGUCGCUUUCAGGCGCACGACUUAAAUUUAAUCAUUCAAAACAAUUUAAUACCAAUACUUACCCAUUUAUGUGGCUUGUACUUAGCACCAAAUACCAUUAUAACAAAAAGUCAAACGCUUAAUGUUGCAUCAUUAAGAUUAAUGCAUAUUGUGGCCAUGUCUUCUCGGAUCCACGCCAAACGUGUCGGAGUGUCGAAUGUGGAAAAAAUUAUAGACACACUAUACGAAGAACUUAAUUACAUAACUAUUCAUAAUUAUUCCAACCUAUUCCAAGUACUGAAAGCUGUACCUCUAAAGCGAUUUGUCACGAAUUACAACAGAGCUUUGGGGGGGUUCUUGGUAUUCCUACGAACAAUCGCCGCAAACGAGAUUAUCCAAACAGUUCUAAGAAGACGGAAAUGGCUAGAUAUUUUGCUGUCAAUUAUAGUUAGUAAAGACAUUGAAGAAAGUGGUCUACAACUGAAAACCUUGCGACCCCGACUUCUUGCUUUACAAUUGCUUCAGACAAUUUUACCGAACUGCAAGGAAUCCGAGAUUAGCGCAGACACUAGUAAAUACAUUGUGCAAAAAUUGUUUUGCUAUCUCGCAAGUGUCAUUUGGAAGGAACCAUUAUUGAGGGGUCCUGAGCAACAUAAAGCGGGCGAUAAGCACAUAUUGGCAGAUUCAUAUGUUAUUGACCAUUUCCGUAAGGAUGUUGAUGAUAGUUUGUUACUUCACGAUACUGGUUUUGAUCUUUUUAAAUGCGUCAACUGUUUAGUGGAAGGUAACUUAAUCUUGACACAUGGAUCGGGGGGGCGUGGUUACGGUCUUGGUACUCAAGCGAUGAAGUCUGGUUGUUAUCAGUGGAAAAUUUUGAUUGUUAAAGAAAGUAAAGGGAAUGAAGGAACGUGUAUUGGUGUGUCCAAAUAUCCAGUUAAAGAUCAUAAUCAUCGCACCACCAGCGAUAUGUGGUUAUAUCGGGCUUAUAGCGGUAGCCUAUAUCACAGUGGAGAAAAGGAUCUGUGUUUACAAAGUUACACACAGGGUGACUACAUCACAGUCGUGUUAGAUAUGGAUACAAAAACUUUGAGUUUCGGCAAAAAUGGAGAGGAACCGAAAGUUGCUUUCGAGUGCGUUGAUGCAACCGAGCUAUAUCCGUGCGUCAUGUUUUAUAGCACCAAGCCAGGGGAAAGAGUAAAGAUGAUUGAUAUGCAGCAACUGCAGGUUUACGAUACGCACAGAGAUUUACUACCUGGCGAGCCCGACUUUACUCCCUUUCCAUCUGUGCUGGGAGAAGCAACCAUCAGUUUAAUUCGUAUACUCCAUUCAUCUUCUGCUUGGGUUAAAGAGGUGAACUCGUGCAUUAUAGAACGCCUAAAUCAAAUUGAAGAUUUACUUCAAAACAUUACCACUUCAUCACCAAAUGAUUGUUUAUCGAAUACGGAAAGUGAUCCUGAAGACUAUUUUAAUAGUAAAAAACUUUGCAACGUCAUUUGGCCAGCUUUAGCCAUUAUUGGCGGAAUUGACCGAGGUUUGCGAAUGGGUGGUUUAUGUCAGCACAAAAAUACAGGUCGCAAAGCUGUGAUACUUGGUAUCGUAAAAAGAGGCAUAACAAUGGUGAAAGUUCAAUGGAUUCCUGAGAACGAAGUGUCCGACAUCUCAGCAGCUUUACUAGUUCAUUUGGAAUCCGAACCGUUCGAUUGUUCCAAAUUAACAGGUAUAUCAACGGAAAUAUUGAGAAAUAUUGCUCGUCUUAGUGGGAUCAUUGAAGAAAUUAAGUUACCCACGAUUACAUUAACACAAGCCGAAGAAAAUUUGCUAAAACCAGAAAAUUCGCAGAUGGAACAUUUCGAGGCUUGGGGCGGAGAUGAAUGGCGUUCUAAUUCAGACACUCAAGUUCAAGAUAAGGGUAAUGUUACAAAGACUGUUGAGUCAAUAACAAAUGAUAUUGUAUCAAAAAUUAUGUGUGAGGUUAAAAAAGUGAGCGCUGAAAGGAUCGCCACUCAAAAAACAUCUACCGUUAAUACCGCAUAUGAGGAGGCACAGAGACAGGCAGUUCGACAAGAUGCCAAACAACUUAGACUCAAACUUUUAAAUAUUGAAGGAAUUUGUUUACGAUUGUCAAUACUUCAGUUUUCUUCCUUGAAAGUGUUAAAUGUGCUACUUACAUCGGGUAAAUAUUUAGAUGCACUGCUUGCCAACGUUCAACUUAAUAAACGAGAUAGCAAGAGCAGUGAAACAGAAGAUAAAUUUGAAGAUGAGAAUUUAUGUAGUUCUGUUAAGGAAAUAAUGUGUAGUCUAGUAAGUAAAGGAACAUCACGGUGUAAAUUAAAAAAUAUCGCUAAUAUGAUGGAAUUUGAACGGGCUGAAAGCGUUUUACAUUAUAAUUAUGUCAAGUGUUGUUCUGAGGAUGAUAUUGAUCGUGAUCAAUUUGCUCAAAGCGAUACGUCGACUAAGGAAUGUUUCAGUCUUAGCUCAUCAAGCAGGCCCAAUCUUCCAUCUAGCUCCGCAUGUACCAGUUCAACACUGACCCACGGUCAAAUACCUAUAAUCUUCUCAAGGCCUCUUAUGAAUUGUUAUGAGCACACCAAUUCCACUUCUCGAUCAGUUCAAGCUCGUAGAGGUCGAGCCCGAGGACGGGGGCGAGUGUGGUCUGGCAAUGUAGUGCCAACUGUUGGUUGGUUAGAAUCCCAAGCGGACCAUUUGUCUCCUCUUCCUCCACCAGUAGCGGCACCAUUAUUGGAAAUGGGUUUUACUCUAAAGCAUAUUUUAAAAGCUGUGCAAUCGACGAGAAGCUCUGCCGAAGUCAGUGCUCACAACAUAAAUGCGCUUGCGACAUGGAUGAUUGACCAUCCUUAUAUUGAAGAUGGAGCUACUGGAAACGUUGAGCUUAUCACUGAUACGACCAGAUUAUCUACAGAAAGCGACGCUUCUAAUUCUUAUGAAGUGAACAGAAACUCUAGAUUUUUACCUACAUCAGAUGUGCAUCGUGUGCAGAGUCAAGAAAAUGCAGAACCGAUUUCUUAUUUUGGUCGCCAGGUCGUCUGUUCGGUCCGUAGACCAUAUUCGGAUCUGCUAAGACAUAUAACGGAUAGAAUUGAGAGAGUAGAACGUGGUUUGGAAAGGCAGCAUGUACGAGGUGAAGGGCAUCCUCUUUUAUCCCCAUUUUCUUUUGAAGAUCUCUCAAUUGAAGAACCUAACACCGAACCCACAAGCGUUGAAGACAUGGCUCAUAAAAUUUGUAAACUUAGGCAGUGUAGACGUGAACAGACCACGCCCAGUAACGCGACAGUGCACGUAGCGCAUUGUCCUUUUUGCAAAGAAGGGAGAGAGAAAGAAGUGGUUAGAACGAGUUUACAACUUCAAGCUCCCGAUAUAAUUUUUGCUCACGAUGAUACAAGCGAAGUUGAUUCGCAAACUAUGCAAUUCAGAGUUCCCGAUUUUUCGUCGGUUGAAAAUAUAAAAUCCUUUCUAGGAUUACCCUUAGUAUUACCCGGAAAAGAUUAUCUGAGCCCUGUUUCGUUUCUUGAAAAUGAUCCAUUAGGCAUGUCUGCUGUUUCUACAGUUGGCAACAAAUGUUUUGUGAAAUGCGAUUAUCAAAUGCGCUAUCUUGGGAGUCAAGCAAUCUCAUUGAAAACAUCUCAAGAUAGGGUUGAAGCUCUGAAGUAUUUGACUACAUCUGUGCAUAUUUUGCUUUCACGUUCGAUAGUAUUGAAUAUACUAACGCAGUUAGCAAAGACUUCGAAUUUAACAGGUCUUGUUAAAAGUCUAGAGGCAAUGGGUUUGACAGAUAUAUGUAAAAUUGUACGUUUGAUGACGUUGGUUGCUAUGAAGCGUGUGGAGAUUCCAAAUGGUGAGUGCGAGAUGGAAAUGAACAAUUCCGCAUCGUUACUGCUAAAUGUUUCACGUUGGGGUUCUUCAUCAUCAGUUGCAAGUAGUUGGCUAACUAAUUUAAGCGUAAUAAUAGCGGCACUCUCUCAAAAUAGCCCUGAUUCUUCCAAGUUAGUUGUGGAUAUGUGCACGAAAGAUUUAUUAUUAAUGGCUAUGUGUCCUUCUAUUGCAAGAAGUGGUUUUGAAGUAACGCAAGCAUUGGUGGAGGUUUUAAGUGCACAUGGUGGUUAUUCUCUCACUGUGGUACAGAAAGACGAUAUUGACGUUUGUGGUCCACUAACUUUGGAAAAUGCUUUGUCCGCCUUUCUACUAUCAUCAAAGACAUUUGCGGAAUAUAGACAGUGGGCCGCUGAACAAUUAUUUAAAUGCAUCGCAACAAAAAUUCAAAUUUUAUCGGUUAAAACCUACGAGCAGGUCGAUCUUUCCGACAUUACGUCCACAAAUCCAGAAAAAAACGUAACAUACUUAGAAGGCCACGAAAAUAGAAUUAUUGCUUUGGCUUGGUGCAGCAGUAAACACUUACUUGCGUCGAGCGCGUUUGAUGGUACGGUACGUCUUUGGAAAUGCGCAAAUUCAAGUACAUAUUUGGAAAGAACGCUGGUGUUUCACGAGUCAUUGGAUGCAUAUGGUGCAGAGUUGCAAGGAAAGUUAAUAGGCCAUAUUAAGUGGUCACCUAAAGGCGAUUAUAUUGCGGCCGCGAUGGAAAACAUUGUUAAUAUUUGGCCUGUAAAUUCAUUUCCCGAAGAAGAAUAUUGCGAUGAGUGGUUCAUCGAAAAACAAUCCGAGUGUGUGACUUGCCUAUCCUGGCCCACAUGUAAAAAACAAGAUUCGACAAACAGAAAUUAUUUGUUAGUGGGACAUUUAGAUGGCACUGUUUCUCUGAUUUCCAUAUACAAAAAUAACAAAGAAGUUGAAGUGUUAAUAAACUGUUCUUUACAUUGUGGUAAGUAAUUUAUACUCAACGAU